AUGGGAGGCAAAAUAGAUGCCUAUCUUGAUUGCGUGUCUCCGUAUUCGUACUUCGCCAUACACCACCUGCUGAAAACCCGGUCUGCCUUGGCCUCUCAUGGAGUAGACGUUGAGUUUCACCCUGUGUUCCUGGGAGGAAUCAACGUUGGCAGCGGCAACAAACCACCAUGGACCCUGCCGAACAAGGCCAAGUACAGCCCUUACGACAGCAAACGCGCAAAGGCCUACUUUGGCUGUCCGAAAAUGGAGGUUCCCGACUUCUUUCCCAUUCUGUCAUUGCUUCCUCAACGCUGUAUGGCCUACGUGAAGGAUUCCUUUCCCCAAGGCAAAUACGAAGCCAGCUUCCGCGAGCUGUUCAUCGCUAUGUUCGAGGAAGGCGAGGACAUGAGCAAGCCCGAGCUGCUGGCCCAGGCCUUGGGCCGCCAUUUCUCAUCCGACGAGGUGAAGCGCAUCAUCCAAGGGGCCAACACGGCAGAGUACAAGAAGAAGCUGUCGGACAACACCCAAAAGGCCCUCGACCAAGGCGCUUUCGGAUGCCCGUGGUUCUGGGUGCGCAACGACAAGGGCGAGGAAGAGCCGUUCUUUGGGAGUGAUCGGUUCCAUUUCAUGUGGCAAUAUCUCGGCAUUCCCUUCACAGACAUUCAGAUUGUCGAGAAGAACAGCUCCAAGCUGUGA